AUGCCGCCGAGAAACACGACGAGAGCCGAGGAGACUGCCAAGAAGACCUUGGACGAGCUCCAACUGGAAGCUGAUGAGGUCACGCGGUCGGCUACAGGAACCAGACGUGCUUGGACGAACGUCGAAACUCCCUGCGUGAAGCUGACAGUUCUGAUGAUGGAGCUCAUUGAUUUUGCCAGGGAACAAGGAAGCGUUGGCAGGGACAUCCAGGAACUGAUUGCCAAAGCGCUGGCAGAGGUUCUGCAGGAACUGGAUGACCCCAAGUUCACAGACACCGCGCUGGAUUUACUGAUGCAGCUAUUCCGCGAACAGGCAGCACCCAGGAUCACCAUUGCACGGUGUUUGGAGCGUAUGUAUGCCACCAAUCUCCAAGGCGGAGACCAGGUGAACCUUGCUUUCGAAUUCAUUCUGCGGCAAGGGCUGGGCCUGACGAAUGGCUCGACCACAGAGGCUAGCGAAUUGCGGGAUGUGCUGCUCGCGGCAGGCAUUACUCUCAUCGAGCAGCAUGGGGAGGAAUGCGCCGAAGAUUUGUACAAGACUGUGGAAAGCUUUGAGGAUAGUGCAGGCGCAAAAGCUGCAGGCGAGUCCGCCUCUUUGGGGAUCGCCGUGUUCUUGGGCGCCCUCUCCAAGCAUUUGGGCAAGGACAAUCCCAAGGUGGAGGAGACGAUCCCAAGGCUGCUUGCAAGGCUAUUGGACAAGUCAUCGACUCCUUCCGUUCAGGACGCCAUUGUGAAGGUGAUGCCGCCGCUGAUGAAGGCCAACAAGGAGCAGGCAGCGGAAGCCCUGGAACAGCUCCUGGAGACAGCCCUGGCACCCAAAACGGAUCCGGUAACCCGUCGUGGAGCAGCCAUGGGUCUUGGAGCUACUGUGAAAGGUUUGAGUAUCCAGGCUGUGUCGCAGUACCAGGUCUUGAAGCGGAUCGAGGAUGUUGCAGAGGACAAGAAGAGUGCAGCUGUGCGCGAGGGGGCUGUCCUUUGUUUGGAGGGUUUGGCCGUGAAUCUAGGCCGCCUCUUUGACCCCUACACUGUGAUGUCACUGCCCAUGCUGCAGAGGGCUUUCUCGGACUCACAGCAGACCGUGCGCAAAGCAUCACAAGUGGCUGCGAAUGCUAUGAUGUCACAAAUCAGUGGGCCAGGCGUGAAGCAGGUGCUGAAACCACUACUGGCUCCGAUCGAGGACCGCAACUCGCCGUGGCGCACAAAGCUGGGCAGCAUCGAACUACUGGCAUCAAUGACAAGCUGUGCCAGAGAGCGGUUGGGAGCCUGUCUGCCACAGGUGGUGCCUGCAUUGUGCAACGUCAUCAACGACGAGCACGCGAAGGUGAAAGAAGCUGCCCGUGAAGCUUUUAACAAGAUCGCCAACAUCAUCAAGAGCCCGGAGCUGCGAGCCAUUGCGCCGGAGCUGAUCUCGGCGCUGACAGAUGGAGCACAGUAUGAGCACAUCACCCGCGAUGUGCUGGACAAGCUUCUGGGUACUUCCUUCGCAACGCAUGUCGAUGCCCCGUCUCUUUCUCUUGUAUGCCCUGUCAUUCAGCGAGCCCUCAAAGAGCGCUCUGCGGAGAUGAAGCGGAAAGGGGCGCAGAUUGUGGGCUCCAUGGUAAUGCUGAUCAAGGAUCCGAAGGACAUACAGCCUUACCUUCCGCUUCUUCUGCCUCAGCUGAAGCUCACCCUAGUUGAUCCCAUUCCCGAUGUGCGGGCGACCUCUGCGAAAGCUUUCGGCAUUCUGGCCCAGGUCUUGCCAGAGGACAUGCUUGGCGAUGUCAUGCCGUGGCUCUUUGAGAUGCUGAAGUCGCCAGAGUCCAAUGUCGAGCGCACUGGAGCUGCACAUGGACUCUCCGAGGUUCUGAUGGCGAAAGGUCCGGAGCGGGUUCAGGAGCUUUUGCCGGACAUCCUCUUGAAUGCGAGCGACAAGGAUGCAGAGCCACUGGCGCGAGAGGGCUACUUGGGAUUGUUCGAGUACCUUCCGCCCGCCAUGGGAAGCAGUUUCGAGCCAUACCUGGAAGAGGUCCUCACAACGCUUCUGGAUGGCAUGUCUGACGACACUGCAUCUGUGCGAGAUACUGCUUUAAAGGCAGCGCAGGUAAUCAUCAGACACUUCGGCUCCUCCCAUACUGCACUUCUGCUGCCGCCACUGGAGGAGGGUGUCUUUGUCGUAGACUGGCGUGUGCGACAUGGAGCCAUUCAAUUGAUGGGACAGUUGAUUCAGCAGAUCCUGCGAGCGCACCGCAUUCCGACCAACAGCGCCGAGCUGAUGCAGGUCGAGGCGCUGCCCAAAGAAUGGCGAUGUCACAUGCUGGCUUCUUUGUACAUCGUGCGGAGCGAUGAGAAUGUCAUGGUCAAGCAGGCAUGCCAGCAGGUGUGGAAGGCCGUUGUGCAGAAUCCACCAAGAACUCUGAAAGAGUUGCUGCCGACGUUGAUGACACGCUUGAUCGCCAACCUUGCCUCUACAAAUCGUGAACGGCAGCGAGUCGCAGCUCGCUGCGUUGGUGACCUGGUUGGCAAACUCGGAGAGCGUGUUAUGCCGGAGCUGAUGCCAAUUUUCAUGGAGACGCUUUCGGAAGGUGACACGCAUGUGCGGGAGGGUGUGUGUCUGGGGCUGGCCGAGCUCAUCAAUGCCACCACGAAGGAGUUGCUCACGACGUAUUUGGAGCAGCUUAUUCCCGCGAUUCAGCAAGCCCUGAUUGAUGAUGAUGAAGCUGUGAGGCUUCAAGCAAGCACUGUUGUGGCCUUGCUUCACAGCGCAGUCGGCGCACGUGCGACAAACGAGAUCGUGGAAUGGCUGCUUGAUCAGCUCAUGGAGGAGGUGGUGGAAGAAGGCGACCUCUUCGUGCUCGGACUGGAGCAGCUGAUGAAGAAGCAGCCAGGAGCAGUGAAGGACCUGGUCCUCAGUCGCUUGACCUCUCCUGGAGAAGACGGUUGGACCAGGUUGCAGGUGCAAGGGCUGGCCUCUCUCGCAGUGGUUCCUGACAGCCAUACGGUCCACACACACCUGUCGGACGUGAUGCCCGUCUUCAUCAAAGUGGCAAGCAUCGAGGACGAGGAUCAGCCCGAGAUGCAGGAGAUAGCAAUUGAGUCUGCGACGCGGGUGAUGGACGCCGUGCAGCAAGACGGCUUGACGUUGUUGAUGACGGAGCUGCAGGGGCCGAUGCAGGACAAGAAGAAAGCCUCGCACCGCAGAGUGGCAGCACAACUUCUGAAGCACGUCUUUGAGAACACUAGCUUGGAGGUGGUGUCCGUCCUGAGCCUCAUACUCCCAGCGCUUUUACCAUCGGCGCUGGCCGAUGAGGAUGGCGAGGCUCUGGCUACUUCUAUGGCAGCACUGAAUGCCAUCACAAAGAAAUGCAAAAAGGAGGAGCUGGCCCCGUACUUGAACGAUGUGCGCUCGGCCGUCCUCAGCCUCAUCACAGACAGCCAAACCAAGAAGGAAGACCCGGACAUCUUCCUUCCAGGACUUUGCGAUCACAAGGGUUUGGAGCCUCUCUACCCCAUCUACCAGCAUGGGCUAAUGUAUGGGACUGCUGAAGCUCGAGAGUUGGCGGCAAAAGGUCUUGGCGAACUCGUCAACCACACAACGGAAAAGGCAUUGGCACCCUAUGCUGUCAAGAUCACAGGUCCCUUGAUCCGCAUUGUCGGUGACAAGUUCCCUGGCAACGUCAAGAAGGCGAUCGUGGACACUUUGCAGGCCCUCCUUAUCCGAGGAGGUGAGACACUGAAGCCUUUCCUGCCGCAGCUGCAGACAACCUACGUGAAGUGUCUCACAGACCCACCAAAUUCAGAGGCAGUUCGUCGCAAAGCCGCAGAGUCCCUUGGACUUCUGGCACGAAGGGCCGCGCGCACCGAGCCGCUUAUCAAUGAGCUCAGCGCUUUCCCCGGCAACUCAGACCCAGCUGCGCGAGUUGCACUCGUCGUCGCCCUGGGCGAGGUGCUGCUCAAUGUGAAGCAGAGUCCAAGUGCGGCCGUCCAGGAGAAGGCCUUGAAUGCCGUGGUGUCUCGUGGCUCCACCGCCGACGCUGCAGCUGAUGAGCGGCAGGCCUGCGGCUGGGCUCUGGGCAUCUUGCUGAGGAGGCAUAUGCCAGCGGAAGAAGCCGUGGAAGCAUUCAAUGAGAAGGUAUCGCCGUCUAUCACCGAGAAGGGUCCCCAGCGCAGCUUUGCAGCUUUCGCCCUAGCAGGGAUUUGUUGGAUACAGCAGCCGAACCUCGCGGAGCCAGCCGAAGAGUCCUUGAUGAAGCCUGCAGACGAUUUGUCGGUGUCCUGCCUGCCACAGCUCUUGAAGGAUAAGGAUGCCGAGGUCCAGGCUGCUGGACUGGCGUUGGCUGCCAGUUUGGCGAAGCUACAUGCGCAGAGCUCUGGAUCUUUGAGCUUUGAUCCGCUCAAAGCAGCAGCGGAACGUAUCGCCGCGCUGGUCGUUUCAGGCGAUGCGGGUGUCCCGGGCCGACUGCCCGUGCUGGCUGCGCGGCACUUCCUUGCAGCCUGUACGCUUGAGGCAAAAGGAGUCUCCGUGAGUGUCGCUGCUGCGCAAGUGGCUGCAGCCGUGGCACAGCGCAGUGCCGCCUGGGAGGAUGCAGAGGACGGCGAACGUGCUUUGGCGGCUGCCUUGCCUGUCGAGAGCCGCAAUGAGGAGGGCACAAAAGCAGCGCUGGAAAAGUUGGCGGGCUGCCUUGAUGGCAAGGCAGCGCAGGCAUUGAAGACCUUCGGAGCAGCAAGAAUACGAAGCCUGUCGUUCUUCACUGGUUGCAGCGAUUUCGCCUGGGACCUGUGA